AUGUCGCCGGCUCCGGCAGAGAUCUUGGUCCCAGAACCAACCGGACUGUCACCCACCCUGACUGACGAACCGACACCAUGGCCUUCUCACCUCCCGAUACACCUACGGCUCCCUGCCGAGUCGACAGGAGACGUCGACUACUUUACAGGUGCCGUCUGUGACGAAACGACGGCCCUCCUCCCCAAAGACUUGAAGCCCGGCAAGCCGUCACCGGAAGGGCCGACAAAGCCCAGUCCCUUCCUGGGCGGCGUGUCAUCCGGUCGGUUCUGGGUGAUAUUCACAGGCGUCCUCUUUACAUACUUUGUCGUCAUCUUCGACGCGACCAUCCUGUCGUCGUCGCACCCGGUCAUCACGAGCUACUUUGGCGCUUCGCAGAGCGCCUCGUGGCUCUCGACCGCCUACCUCCUCACCAGCACGUCCUUUCAGCCCCUGGUCGGCCGCAUCUCGGACAGCACGGGCAGGAAGCUGCCGUACGUGCUCAGCAUGGUCGUCUUCACCGUCGCGACGCUCGCUUGUGCCCUUGCGCCGACCAUGGGGGCCUUCAUCGCCGCUAGGGCUAUAUGCGGUUUCGGCGGUGGCGGGAUGAUGGGGAUGGCGAGCAUCUGUGUCGGGGAUCUCGUGCCCAUUGAACGACGGGGGCCUUACCAGGCGACUAUGAGCGUCAUGUUCGGCGUCAGCUCCAUGGCCGGCGCGGCUCUGGGGGGUCUCAUGGCGGAUCAUCUCGGUUGGCGGUGGGAGUUUGGAGUGCAAGUCCCCAUUCUGCUGAUCAGCCUCAUUGCCAUCAUGUUCGCUCUACCAGAGAAUUUGGGGCUUUACGGGAAGCAGCGAGAGUCGCUGCAGGAGUCUCUACGGUCUUUUGAUAUCAAGGGCUCACUACUCUUGACUUUGGCAGUGACUUUCCUUAUCCUUGGACUUGAUAUUGGCGGGAAUUUACUUCCAUGGUCUCACCCUUUGAUUAUAGCUUCAUUGGUUCUUGCUCUGGUCCUUUUCCCACUCUUCCUCCGCGCGGAAUCCUUGGCAGAAAAACCAGUCAUGCCACUAGAUCUUGUCCGCAAAUCCCCGGUGAUGAACCUAAUCUUCUCCAACCAUAUCUCAUCGUUCCUUACCAAUGCUAUUCUGUUCAACGUUCCGCUCUUUUUCCAGGCCGUGCUGCUCACCUCAGCCACAGAAUCUGGCCUCCGCCUCGCGGCGCCCUCGAUACUAUCCUCCAUCGCCGGCCUCGCCACCGGCUUCCUGAUAACCUACACCCGCAACCUCAAGUGGGCCCCGACCCUAGGAUCCCUGCUCCUCCUCGCCGGCGUGGGCCUGCUGUCUGCCAUGCGCUCCGGGCUGCCCGACUACUUUUACAUCCUGUGCCUGGUCCCGUUCGCCAUCGGCCAGGGCCUGCAGUUCCCCGGAACGUUCCUGGCCGUGCUGGGCGUGACGGAGCAGCGGGAGGUCGCCGUCGUCACCACGACGCUGCAGCUGUGGCGGAGCCUGGGCGCCGUCGCCGGCAUCGCGGGCUCCAGCAUCGUCGUCCAGGCCGCGCUGGGCAGGUUCCUCGACGCAAACGUCUCGGCCUCGCCGGCCGAAAAGGCCGAGAUUGUGCGUGCCGUCAGGAAGUCCGUCGGCGCCAUCGCCUCCAUCCCCGAGCCCUACAGGUCCCAGGUCGUGCGCAGUUACGAGUCGGCCCUCAGCCUCAUGUUUGGCUGCUGCGUCGGCUUGGCCAUGAUCUCGCUCCUCCUGUUGAUGCCCAUCGAGCUGCCCAAGCUAAGUCCCAAGGAGGAUGUUUCCAGCGAUGCGGCUGAGGAGAACGGGGCGUGA